AUGCACGAUCUGUUCAUGCGGUCGACGCUGGACUCGAUCUUCACGAUUGGGUUCGGAGUCAACCUGGGCGGGCUGUCCCAGUCCAGCCAGGAGAGCGCGGCGUUCGCCCGGGCGUUCGACGACGCCAACGAGCAGGUGCUGUACCGGUUCUUCGACCCGCUCUGGAAGGCCAAGAGGCUCCUCAACGUCUCGUCGGAGGCGGCCAUGAAGCGGUCGGUGCGCACCAUCAACGACUUCGUGUACGCCGUCAUCGACAAGAAGGUCGAGCAGAUGGGCAGAGAUGAACACGAAUUCGCCAAGAAAGAGGACAUACUGUCGAGAUUCCUGCUGGAGAGGGAGAAAGACCCCGGCUGCUUCGACAACAAGUACCUCCGGGACAUCAUACUGAACUUCGUGAUCGCCGGCCGCGACACGUCGGCGGGGACGCUGUCGUGGUUCCUCUACGUGCUGUGCAGCAACCAGCGCAUCCAGGACAAAAUCGCGAGGGAGGUGCGCGAGGCCACCAGCGGCGACCGGGACGUCGGCGUCCAAGAACUCACGGCGUGCCUGACAGAAGACGCCAUCAGCAACAUGCCGUACCUCCACGCCGCGCUGACGGAGACCCUCCGGCUGUACCCGGCGGUGCCCAUCGAUGUCAAGUACUGCUUUUCUGAUGACACGCUGCCGGACGGCCACGCCGUGAGGAAAGGGGACAUGGUGACCUACCAGCCGUACCCGAUGGGCAGGAUGAAGUUCCUGUGGGGCGACGACGCCGAGGAGUUCAGGCCGGAUCGGUGGCUCGACGGCGACGGCGUGUUCGUCCCGGAGAGCCCCUACAAGUUCACGGCAUUCCAGGCGGGGCCUCGGAUCUGCCUGGGGAAGGAGUUUGCGUAUAGGCAGAUGAAGAUAUUUGCGGCUGUUCUUCUCUGCCUCUACAGGUUUGAGAUGUGGGAGCGCGACUCGAUGAUGGGGUACCGCCCGAUGCUCACGCUUAAAAUGGAUGGCCCGCUCCGUGUUCGUGUGUCGCCCCGGUACAUCGAUUUCUCUGUACAAGGAGCAUUUAGAUAUGUGCAUACAAAUCCAUGA